AUGGAUUCAUUCUUUUCUCUGAUUGGAUCCUACGUUGACUGGGAUUUCAAAAGUCUGCUGCUCUUCACAGUAGUUUUCAUCAUCGUUGCAGAUUAUGUUAAGAACCGCCGGCCGGUCGGCUUCCCUCCAGGACCUUGGGCUCUACCAAUUGUGGGCAACAUAUUCUCUAUUGACCACACCAAGACCCAUGAGGAUUUGUUGCAGUUAGCAGAAAAGUAUGGAGACGUGUACAGCCUACGAACAGGCCAGGAACGGGUGGUCGUACUAAAUGGGCUUGAGGUUUUGAAAGAAGCCUUAGUAACGCAGGGAGACAGCCUGGCAGACCGUCCAGAUUACCCUUUACAGACGGAGAGAUCACAUGGACUAGGUGUGAUUUUCAGUAGUGGACACAACUGGAGGCAGCAGAGGCGAUUUGCACUUUCAACCCUCAGAUAUUUUGGAAUUGGCAAGAAGUCACUUGAACCUGUCAUCCUGGAUGAGUUUACACAUUGUGCAGAAGAGUUCAGAAGCUUUAAAGGGAAGCCAGUCAAUCCACACUUGAUCAUGAACAACGUCGUCUCCAACAUCAUCUGCUUCCUGGUUUUUGGUCAUCGCUUUGAAUAUGGCGAUGAAAAGUUUCUGAAACUGAUGCAGAUGUUUGAUGAAAUAGUCCAGAUUCAAGCCUCCAUGUGCGCACAGCUUUACAACUCAUUCCCUGCGCUGGUCAGACACUUUCCAGGUCCACAUAAGAGGCUCAAGCUGAUCUGGAAAGAUGUGAAGGAUUUUAUUCGAGCAGAGAUUAACGAGCACAAGAAGACCAUGGAUCCCUCAGAUCGAAGAGACUACAUUGACUGCUACCUGAAUGAGAUUCAGACGAGUAAGGGGCAGGAUGACAACACUUUUGAUGAGGAAAACCUGAUUAUAUGUGUUCUGGACCUGUUUGUGGCUGGCUCAGAGACCACAUCCACCACCCUGCGCUGGGCGUUCCUCUACAUGGCAAAAUAUCCUGAGAUCCAAGAAAAAGUCCAGGCUGAGAUAGACAGAGUGAUUGGACAGUCCAGACAGCCAUCCAUGGAGGACCGUGCAAACCUGCCCUACACAGAUGCUGUUGUCCACGAGAUCCAGAGGAUGGGUAACAUUGUUCCUCUCAGCGUGCCACAUAUCACCAACAGAGACGUCCAGCUGGGAGGCUACACAGUCCCAAAGGGAGUUAUAAUAAUUCCCAAUCUGACCUCUGUGCUGUUCGACAAGAAUGAGUGGGAGACGCCCAACACCUUCAACCCAGGACACUUUCUGAAUGAGGAGGGCAAGUUUGUGAAACCAGCAGCUUUCAUCCCUUUCUCUGCUGGUAAGCGGCUGUGUCUCGGGGAGAAUCUGGCCAGGAUGGAGCUUUUCCUCUUCUUCACCUCCUUCAUGCAGAACUUCACCUUGUCCAUGCCUGCUGGGGUGAAGCCUUCAAUGGACUUCCGCUUCGGUGUCACUCUGGCACCGAAGGACUAUGAAAUAUGUGCAAUCCCACGUCAAGAGAAGUAAAUAUACAUAUUAUAAAAAAAGAGUUUAUGAUUAUAACUUUGUCCACACAGAGCAUCUAAUAUACUGUAGAAAUACAUUUGUUGAAUUAAAGAUUAUAACUAGUAAAACCAAUAAAAAGUAGUACUCAUUCAAAUGAA